GAUUUUCUAUGUGAUUGACAAACCUACCCGCACAAUUUCUUAUUUCCAGCAUCAAUCAAGUUUGAGGAGGAGACAAGAAGAGUGAGAGAAAACAUUGAACCUCUUUUCUCGAUUAUUUCCAACAAAAUUGAAGUUCAAUGAAACCUUCGCUUUCUACUAAUUUGCAGCACGCAUUGGUGCUUAAUCCAAUGAACAUCUGCUAUAGGGGGAAUGUUGUGAGUAUCACGAAAUUCAAUAACUUACCUUAUUCAAGCAUAAAAAGUUUGAGGAUGUUAAAAUGUUUGUCAUCUUGGAAGCCAAAAAAGAAUGAUGACAGCGGAGCUGAGAUUUAUGCAGCAUCUAUUGGAAGGGCUUUUCUGUCUUCACUGCAACCAUGUAAAGCGACAAAUGAUGAUUUGGGGAGAGCUGUAACUGGUGAAAGCAUAUUGUUGAACAAACAGAGCUUGGAACGAGAGUUAGAAAUUGCUAUUGAGCAAGAGAACUAUGCUGAAGCUGCAAGGAUCAGAGACAAAAUCCGAGUUCUUCAUGAAGACAGUGAGGCUUCUGUACUUUAUGCAAAUGCUCGGUUUUAUAAUGCCUUUAGAAUUGGAGAUCUUGCCUCUAUGCAAGCCCUUUGGGCUAAAGGGGAUAACGUGUGCUGCGUGCAUCCUGGUGCUAGUGGAAUAUCUGGUUAUGAACUUGUAAUGCGGAGCUGGGAAUAUGUAUGGGUAGAUUAUGAAUUUCCAUUGGAGAUUGAGCUAAGAGAUGUUCAAGUGCAUGUGAGAGGAGAACUUGGAUAUGUCACUUGUGUGGAAUUGGUUAAAACUAAAGGCAGCAGCUGGGGAAGACAAUUUGCCACGAAUGUUUUUGAAAAAGUUGAUGGUCAAUGGCUUAUUUCUAUCCAUCAUGCGUCUCCGGUUGACUUGUGAUUAGAAUGGGUGACGAGUUGGUAGCAAGUGAAGUACGAAAAUGGGUGACGAAUUACUAGCGAGUGAAAUACAUCUUAUGUGCGUUUAAUUAUGUCUGACGUUGUACAUUGUAUUGUAGUCAGUAUUUAUUUUUAGUUAGUUGCUUGUAAACGUUCUUUCUCUUGUAGCAAAAUGAAACAAAUACUGUCUUCUCCCAAUUAGUAUUGACCAUGGCGUUCAUUUUCA